AUGCAUCAGGUGCCUUUGGGAGAGCAACCUCAGCUUUCGGCAGUGCAGCAGCCCCAGCCGGAGGCUCCUUGCCCUCCGGGACCACCAGAUGAGGAGUGGCCAGAGGUGGAAAAGGCUGAGAAGUUAGCGAGAGGAGCUGCUCUGAAAUGGGCUUCGGGGGUGUUUUACCGCCCCGAAAAUCUGGAGGGGCUCGGGCAGUACCGGAGCCGAGAGACGCAGAGGAACAGCUCCAUCCAGUCGCGGCUGAAGUCCACCGUCCAGUCCUACCUGGAGGGGGUGAGUGCAGGGCUGGAGCAGCUGCGGUCGGCGGUCCAGGAGGUGCAGAGCGUGUGCCAGGAGCUGGGGGCAGCGCGAUGGGCCCUGCUCGACUGCGCGGACCGCUUCCAGGACCUCCGGCAGAUGCGGGCGCUGAUGGCAGAGCACGUGCAGCUGGCCUCGGUGGUCCAGGUGCUGCCCCAGCUCUUCUCGGUCCACGAGGUUUUUUCCCAUACGCUGCAGCUGCUCCGUGGGCAGCACCUCCUGGAGGCCCACGCGGAGAUCAUGAUGAUGGAGCACCUCCGGGAUGACAUCCUCUCCCAGCUGCACCUUCGUGGGCUCUCCAGUGCCCAGGCAACUGUGCUGUCCUACUUCAGUGGCCUGCAGGAGCUCAACGAGAGCCUGGCCAAGCAGCUGUGGGGCAUUGUGGGCAGCAGCCUGCAGCUGGUGCGGGAGGACCCAGUUCUCUUCGUCACCGCUGUAAGGAUCAUCGAGAGGGAGGAGAAAAUAGACGAUACUCUGCUCCUGGAUGCCACCUUCCUGCCCCCUGGCCGCCCAAAGGGCUGGAGGCAGAAGUUUUACCACGUUCUCCAGGAAACCAUCACAGGAACCCAUUUCCACGCCACCCGCGUGGAUGCUGAGGGCCCAGGGCUGUCCAGGCACCUGGAGGCACUGCAGAGGGACAUUGUGUCCGAGCUGCGUGUGGUGAAGGACCUGAUGGUGCAGUGCGUCCCAGCCCACUACAACAUCCUCAGCGUCUGCGCUGCCACGUACCACCAGGCCCUCGCUAGCCACCUCCAAGACAUCCUCCGAGAAGACCUGGACAAACAGGCGCUCUUCCACCUCCUUAAGUGGGUGCUUCAUGUGUACCACAGCUCUGAGAUGAUGGGUCACCCGGACCUUCUCCCAGAAGUGGAUGUUUCUUCUCUGGGCCCCUUGAUUUCCCCCGAGCUUGUGGAUCAGACAGAGAGGAGAUACGUGGUGAAACUCAAGGCUACUGUGCUCGAGUGGAUGCAGAGGACCCUGAAGAUGGAGUUCGAGGAGUGGUUCUGGGAAAAGGAACCCGAGAUGGACCAUCAGGGCUUCUUCCAGUCAGACCUGCCCGUCAUUGUCACGAAGAUGCUGAAUAGUAAUAUCGAGGUAACUUCCUCGAUCACCGACUCUCUGCAGCAGAAGGUCUACAACAUGGCCUUGGAGGAGCUCGAGGCAUUUCUGGGCCGCCUGCGGGAAGCCCUGGUGCAACGCGGGAAGGAGCACCAGAAGGAUCGUACCAUACCCAAGUACUACGUCCCCUACCUACUGGCCAUGCUCAACAACAUCCUGGCUCUCAGCUCCUCUGUCCCCACUCUGCACCCCAAUUCUGCCUGCAGAGAAGUCCCUGUGUCCCUCCGGGCUGCUCUAGACAGGACGCAGAAAAAAGCCUGCCAGCUGCUGCUGGAGGAGCUGCUCCUUGACCUGCAGCCCCUGUGUGUGGAGCUGGCUUCCCGUAAGUGGCUCUCUGGGUCCCAGCUGGUCAACAGCAUGUGCGAAGUGAUAGACAAGUACGCAAAGGACUUCUCCCGUGUCAAGAAACCUGUCUUCACGCUCCUGCUGACAGAGUGCGAGCUCCUGGUUGCAAACCAGUACCUGCGGGCACUCAUGCAGAAGAAGAUGGUGUGCAAGAGCAAGGAGGAGCGGGGACAGUUCUGUGACCGCCUGCUGCAGGACGCCACGCAGCUCCGGGAGCUCUUCUGUAGCCUGGGCCUGGACAGGAGCCAGCAGAACCUCGAGGCCGUGUUUGCCGUGCGGGAGCUGCUCUGCCUCAAAGACACGGCUCUGCUCAGCCUGGAGGUGCUGGGCUUCGUCACCAAGUACCCUGACGUCAGCGAUGAGCACAUCUCCACUUUGCUGGAUCUCCGGGGUGAUGUCUCCAAGGAGGUGCGACACAUGGUGCUGGAAAUGAUGGCGCAGCACCCCCAGGCCCUGCCCGAGGGCUACCAGCCCAUCUUCAGCACCAUCCUGGUCCCUGCACCAGAGCUGCCCUUCUGCCUUCGCAAGGGCAAGUGUGCCUGA